UUGUCUGUGUGAACCAUUGCAGAGGCCGGCUGUUUGUUGUCAUCAAGAUGGAGUUUCUACUGGGGAACCCGUACAGCACCCCGGUGGGGCAGUGUAUCGAAAAAGCUACAGAUGGCUCCCUGCAGAGCGAGGACUGGACGCUGAACAUGGAGAUCUGUGACAUCAUCAACGAGACGGAAGAAGGGCCAAAAGAUGCGAUCCGUGCCUUGAAGAAGAGGCUGAACGGUAACAAGAAUUACCGGGAGGUGAUGCUGGCGUUGACGGUGUUAGAGACGUGCGUGAAGAAUUGCGGCCACCGCUUCCAUGUGCUUGUGACGCACCGCGACUUUAUAGACGGGGUCCUGGUGAAAAUCAUCUCUCCUAAGAACAACCCCCCGACCAUCGUGCAGAAUAAAGUGCUGGCCCUGAUACAGGCUUGGGCAGACGCGUUUCGGAGCAGCCCUGACCUCACCGGAGUUGUGCAUAUUUAUGAAGAACUGAAGCGAAAAGGGAUUGAGUUUCCUAUGGCAGAUCUGGAUGCUCUGUCGCCAAUUCACACACCACAGAGGAGUGUCCCGGAGGUGGAUCCUGCUAUGACCAUGAAUACUCCCCAGUCCCACCAGCGGCCUAGCUCCGGCUCUUUCUCGACUCCUCAGACACCGUACAACGCCCCAGCAGCACCUCCGCCAAGCGUGGGUGGUCCGAUCACCGCCAACUCAGAACAGAUCGGCCGCUUGAGGAGCGAGCUUGAUAUAGUCCGUGGCAACACUAAGGUCAUGUCUGAGAUGUUGACUGAGAUGACUCCUGGACAGGAAGAUGCUUCAGACCUUGAGCUACUGCAGGAUCUGAAUCGAACCUGCCGAGCGAUGCAGCAAAGGAUUGUGGAGCUCAUCUCUCGCGUGUCCAAUGAGGAGGUGACCGAGGAGCUGCUGCAUGUCAAUGACGACCUGAAUAAUGUCUUCCUCCGAUAUGAAAGGUUCGAGCGCUACAGGUCAGGCCGCACCGCACAGAACACCAAUGGGGUGCUGAGUGAGGUCACGGAGGAUAAUCUAAUAGAUCUAGGACCCGGAUCCCCUGCAGUCGUGAGUCCGAUGGUUGUGAACACUGCCCCGGCGUCCCUUACAACCCAACUGGGUGGACUUGAUGUCGGUACAAAUAGUGUGAGCGCCACGCUCAGUGCCCUCCCCGCCACCAACCCACGGGAUGACUUUGAUAUGUUUGCACAGACGAGGGGCAGCUCCCUGGCUGAGCAGAGAAAGGAUGUGACUUACGAGGAUCCCCAGGCUCUCGGCGGGCUGGCAACUGCUUUAGAUGUCCGGCAGCAGAACACAGGAGGGAGGAGAGGUAGAGCCGGAGGCUCAGCCAUGGAGCCCAUAGACAAGUGGCUCAUUACUCAAGGAAUGAUUCCCGUGCCGCAGGCCUCAGACAUGGAUGACCUCGAGGAGUGGCUCGAGACAGAUGUGAAGGGAGAUGAACUGGAGGAAGGAGUGACCAGUGAAGAAUUUGACAAGUUUCUUGAAGAACGAGCCAAAGCAGUAGAAAGGCUCCCGGACCUCCCUUCUCCCCCCUCCACAGAGCCCUCCCUGACAGUGAACCCCGCAACCCGGAAGAAGCAGGAGCGAGCGGACGACACCCUGUUUGCGUUGUAAAUAAUGGCCUCCUAGCUCCCGCCACACUCCUGCUGCAUAAAGCCCCUCAUACCCCAACACUACAUCUGUCGUUCAUAGAAAGCAGAUGAGGGCGGACAUUUUGUGGACUGCAGCUAUAAACCCGCAGAUCAAUGGAACGCGUUCAUUCAGCAGGGACUAAUGACAUCACUGAGUGCACGCGGUUUACAAAAUGGCUGCCUCACUGUGGUGAAGCUCACAUAAUUAACGAUGAAUUAAUAAGGUCCAGGCCGUCCCAUCACCUGUAGUCACAGACGUCCUCCCCCAUUGACCUAGUGUCAGUAGCUAGAACCCAGGAGGGCAUUCAGGCGCCUGCCCUGCCGCAUAGUAUUCCACGGUAUUGUUACCCUAGGUGGCGCCAUACGCAUUCCUUCACUUCCUUGUAUAUGGUCCUUUCCCCGCUUCCCCUGGUAAUAGCACUGCAUGUCUCAUCUCUCGGGAAAACUCUUGUUUUCUUUUCUCAUAUAUAUAUAAAAAUAUAUAUAGCCGUGUAUAUAGAGAGAGGGGGCGAGAGUGAGAAUAUACUGUAUACCUGAACUGCAAUGUUUGCACAGCUUUCUUACCUCUUAGGCGAGCAUCCGCCAUUCCACAGCAUUUAAUUUCUGCAUAUUAUUAUCCAGCAUCGGGGUCCGUCAUGGCGGACGUCAGUACAGCAUGCACAUGCAAGCCUCGGCUCACCCGCCCGCUUAACCCCUUGUAUGCCACACAGCUUUAUUUCUACCGGUUUAACACACGCAGGGGAUGACGUGCCUGUUCAUGACUGCUGCCGAUGGAUCGCAGUCGCCGCCUGAUCGUUUUCACUACACUGAAUGUCAGCAGCCUGGACACCCCCCCCCCCCCCCCCCCCCCCGAAACGCCACUUCCGGCCUUGAUAUAGAGGGGAGAAAAAAUGGCCUGGCUGUGGCUUUUUCUUUUUAGGACAUGAAUGUUAGCAUAGCUCAUUGGAAUAUAGAUCCCAGGUGAGAGGUUUGAGGCAUCGGGUGGCUCCCUAGCACAACCCAGUACAGACGUCCAGAGGGUAGGUCUUCUAAGAGAGUCCUGUAUUCAUUAGGCCCGUUACUGGUGCGUUGGUUUCCCCGCGUCCCAUUGCCAUAGGUGUCAAAAAAUAGAAAUGGCCGCAACGUUAAGCUGAGCACAGGAUGCACAGCAUAGCGCUUUAUUUAUUUAUUUUAUAUUUAAAGGGACGUUUCUGCUAGGGAUUUAUAAAGGGGAGCUCCAGCCAAAUGGAGCAAGAAAAAUUGUCUGUUACAUAGUAUUUGUAUGUAGGCGCUUUUGCAAUUUGGUUUCUACAUUGUAGCAGUUUGCGGCCCAUGAUUUUUGGCUCUUACCAUAUAAUCUACCUAUAUGUUAGCCGCCCUGGCAAGAGUGAGCUCUACUAUGACAACUGAUUGCCCCCGCCACAAUGAAACAGGUCGCCGCUGAGGCUAAAGGCGGUUCCCGUCAGGGGUCCCUUCCUAGCAAUUUCGCACAGACUCCUCUGGUUUGUGAUGGAGGGCGCUUUACUUUACGGCAUCUUGAUCACUACUACCAGAACGGGGAUGCAACCAGUUCUUGCGAAAUCCCAACAUUUUGGUGGCAGAUCGCAACGUACAAGCAAUUUUACCAGCAUGUCUGCGAUCCUAAAUUGCACAGAACUUGCCCCCUGAGAUGGUCGUGUAACCAGUGCAAAGGCAAGUCGCAGACCAAUCACAGACUUGAUCUUGCGUGUAAGUCCUACUCUCCCUUACGUGUAUGGCUUUCAGAAUAUCUUUGGAUAAAGGGAUCCUGUCAUGGAAUAGAAGCUGACCUGACUACCAGUUGAUCGCCAGGAAUCCCGCUUUGUCGAAUGUCCGCUGUUGUCACCAGAGAAAUGGCGCCCGGUCAUACAUUUGGUAUGUUUGUACACAUACAUUUGGCCAAUCAUGUCAUUAUAUGGACCUGCCGUGUCCACCAGGGUGGCGGCCCUUCAUAUCUGGAGGUCCUGCCGUGUCCACCAGGGUGGCGGCCCCCCAUAUCUGGAGGACCUGCCGUGUCCACCAGGGUGGCGGCCCCCCAUAUCUGGAGGACCUGCCGUGUCCACCAGGGUGGCGGCUCCCCAUAUCUGGAGGACCUGCCGUGUCCACCAGGGUGGCGGCCCCCCAUAUCUGGAGGACCUUCCGUGUCCUCCAGGGUGGCGGCCCCCCAUAUCUGGAGGACCUGCUGGGUCCACACGGUGUGCUGUCCGCAUGAAUGGGUCCUCAUCCAAUCCGAAAAAAAAAUAAAAAAACGGAACGGACGUGGAAACAAAAUACAUUUGUGUGAAUGUAGCCUGAAGGAAUUAGCAUUUUUAGCCUUUCCAUGGUAUAGGCCUCAUACCCACGAUCGUAUUUUGCAUCGAUUUUUUUUAUUUAUUUUUUUGACAGAUUGCACAUGGACCCAUUCAUUUCUACGGGAAAAAAAAAAGUAUGGCGCACAAAUGUUACCCAUGUGGUGGCCGCAUCCGUCUGUCUGCACCACAAAUCAUGUCCAUACUGUGGACAGGAAUAGUAAAAAAAAAUUGUGAUGUGGGCGGAAAAAUUGCGUUUUGCAGACGGAGGGUGUCUGUAUUUUGUGGAUCCGUGGUUUGCGGUCGUGUGCAGGAGGCUUAUAUUCAGACAAAUCAUAAGGAAUCCUCCAGGAUUAGAGGGAAAGGAUGUUUGUAAAUAACGGAAUAUUCCUCGAAAACCUCGCAUCCCCCCCCAUCCAUAGUGCCAGGCUGCUGUCCCCGUAACCUGUAUAUGAAAUAUCUUAAAUUAUUUUAUAUUUUAUACAUGCGAACACUAAUUGUAGAUUCUUAAUGUUAAAGAGGUUAUUUAUUUGUCGCGUUCUCCCCGUGUCUGUGAUUUCUAAGCUGUGGAAAAUAAUAAAUAUUUUACAGUCGAUGACGUUGUGAAGUUAUUAACCCCGUCCGCUAGUAUAAUGUCUGUCUGCCGGAAAUGUCCUGCUGUAGAGAUAAUAAGUAAGACUAUGUCUAAUAAAACCGUAACAAGCA